CAAAAGAGUUAAUCUCUUUAUAAUUAUUUAUGCAAUUUUUAGAAAUAUUCUUUAACAACAUUAUUUCAUGUUUAGUGUUGUUGUUAUCAAUUGUCUUCAUAUAUUUUUAUAAAAAGGUUGACAAUCAAAAAUACAAUGCUAAAGAACCUCCUGUUAUUCCUUCUAAUCUACCCUAUUUUGGGCACAUGUUUGAUUUUGGUAAAGAUCCUAUAAAUUUUUUAUUAAAAGCUUACCAAGAGUAUGGUCCAGUUUUUAGUUUUACAAUGCUUGGGAAAAAAUUUACCUAUCUUUGUAAUACAGAAGCUAUUGCCUGUUUUUUUAAUAGCAAAAAUGAAGAUUUGAAUGCAGAAGAAGUAUAUAGCAGUCUUGUAACUCCUGUGUUUGGAUCUGGGGUUAUCUAUGAUGUACCUCACAAUAUCUUUAUGGAGCAAAAAAAGAUGAUAAAAAAUGGAUUAAUUCAGGCACGUUAUAGGAUUCAUGUGCCUAUCAUUGAAAAUGAAACAUUGGAUUUUAUCCAAAGAUUAAUGAUCAAUCAUAAAACCAUUGAUGAUCAAUCUUUCAAACUUAAUAUUCUAGAAACAAUGGCAGAAUUGAUUAUUUUUACCUCUUCAGCAUGCUUAAUGGGUAAAGAAGCAAGAGAAGCAUUAACUGAAGAAGUAGCAAAAUGGUAUACUGAUUUAGAUGGAGGCUUUUGUAUUGAAGCCUGGCUGUUUCCAGAAUGGAUGCCUUUUCCUGCUUUUAAAAAAAGAGAUGCUGCUCAUCUCAAAAUCAAAAAUCUAUUCUUGGGCAUAAUAGCUAAAAGAAGACUCGUAAAAGAACGACUAAAUAAUGGAUUUCAUACUGAAAAGGAAGAUAACGUGGGGACUGAGAUUGAUCAAGAAAGUGAUGGUGACAUGAUUGACACCUUCAUGAAUUCCAAGUACAAAAGCGGAAGGUAUACAACGGAUGAAGAGGUAGCCAAACUUAUGAUAAGUUUGCUAAUGGCUGGUCAGCACACAUCGUCUACGACCAGUUCUUGGCUUCUUCUCUUUCUAGCCAAGCACCAAGAUAUUCAGCAAAAAGUUUACCAAGAAGUUUUAGAUAAUUGCGAUAUAUCGAAUAUGAAAUCAGAUCAAAAAUCCGAGUCUCGCAAUCCUAUCAAAAAAUUGGAUCUUAAUUUGGACUCUCUCAAGAGGUUAGAACUUUUGGAUAGGUGCCUCAAGGAAACGCUCAGGCUAAGACCUCCCCUGUUGACCCUAAUGAGGCUAUGCAAAAAGGAUAUCUCGAUUAACGUUACCCAAAAUAACAAAAUGAAAUGCUAUGUUAUACCUUCCGGUUAUCAGGUUUGUGUAUCUCCGACUUUCACCCAUCAACUCAAAACCUACUGGCAUUCUAAGAAUGGACAUUUUGACCCUAAUAGAUAUAUUAACUCGCUAUCCGUUGUCGGCUCAAGUGAUGAGGAACCACCAUUAACAGCGAAUGAAAUCAACAAUUAUUUAAGUUCGAAUGCCGAUAUAGAAAAAUUUGAUAAUGGGUUAAAUAAUAUUAAAGAAAACCUUGAACAAGCUUUAAAGGACGAUAGAUUUAAGGGUAAGGAUAUUUCAAAAUGCCCUUUCCAUAAGCAAAUCAAUAAAUUAUUGGCAUGCAAGACUGAUACAAACAUUCCCGAUGACACUACAUUAAUUAAUGACACUGUUAAGAAUAUGAUCAAGUCGGUAAAGGAUAUUAAUGAUACUAAGAAUGAUAGAAAGUUCUCUUAUUUUCCAUUCGGAGCUGGGCGGCAUAGGUGUGUGGGGGAGGCAUUUGCCUAUAUACAGAUAAAAACGCUUGUAUCUACGCUUUUAGUUAAUUUUGAGUUCAGUUUGGUUGAGGGCGAUAAAGAAUUCAAUCAAGAAAAAGCAAAUAGUAGUAUGGAUAACUCUGACUCAUCCUUGGGAAUCAAUUACAAAACACUCAUAAGUACCCCGCUCAAGCCAUAUUUAAUCGUUAGGCAGAGAGGUUUUUAAUAUAAAACCAUAUGACGAUUAUAAAUAUGGUGCAGUUUUUUUCCUUUAAAGAUAUUGUGAUAAAUAUCCAUUUUUCAUAUUUUAUUUAGUCUGUCAAAAUGAUAGCCUUUUUUUAGUUUAAUAGUAAGUUAGGAAAGUUUAUAAACAUAUUGCAAAAAAUUUUAUCCUCAUUUAUUAAAUAUUUUAGUCAAAAUGAUCUUUUAUAAAAAUAUAAUUAUAUCAUAUAAUUCGAAAACUUGCUUCAAUUUUAUAUUAUAUAUUCACUUUAUUAAAUUUUUUAAAUCGCAUUUUAAACCUGCCCCCAGCCCAGUGUUACCUUUAUAUAUUUUGCUCAUUUUUUAUGUUGGCUUUUACUGCGAUAAAUAUUUUUAAUGAUUUAUUUCUAUUUAAACUUUUGGUACCAUUUUUUCUAAUUUAAAUAAUUCCUCACAAGCUCAACUAUAAUUUUUUUAAUGAAACGCACAUUUUUAUAAUUUAUAUAAAAAACAAAAACCCCUAUAAUGCAUUAAGAUUUACAAAAUGCUUAAUUCCAAAUAAAUUACUAAUGAUUUUAAAGAGAUAUUUUUUAGUCUCAUUUAUUCAGCAGUAGCGUUAUUUUUUUAUUAUACAUUAACGCAUGCUCAAAAAAACUUUUUUACUCGGAAAAUAGUAAAUUUUAGACAUG